CCUGUAUUGUUCUAAUGAUAUAAUUUUCUAAGUGUAUUAUAAAAAGAAUAAUUAUAAUAAUUAAUGAGUUUGGUUAAGAUUGUUUAGUUUUUUUUAAUUAUUUUAUUGAUUGAUAUGUAGGUAUUAAUAAGUAAAUAUAAAACGUAUUGAAGUAUUAAUAAAUAAGAACUAUGUAUAUUAAACAGGUUAUUAUACAUGGUUUUAAGAGCUACAGAGAACAAACUAUUGUUGAACCUUUUGAUAAAAGACAUAAUGUUGUUGUUGGUCGUAAUGGAUCAGGAAAAAGUAAUUUUUUUUAUGCUAUACAGUUUGUUCUCAGUGAUGAAUUCUCACAUCUCCGUCCUGAACAAAGACAAGCUUUACUUCAUGAAGGAACUGGUCCUCGAGUAGUUACAGCUUAUGUUGAGAUUAUUUUUGAUAAUACAGACAAUCGUUUACCUAUAGAAAAAGAUGAGGUAGUUCUAAGACGUGUAAUUGGUGCUAAAAAAGAUCAGUAUUUUUUAAAUAAAAAAAUGGUCCCUCGAUCUGAUGUCACUAAUUUGUUAGAAUCUGCUGGAUUUUCCCAUUCAAAUCCAUAUUACAUAGUUAAACAAGGAAAAAUUAAUCAAAUGGCUACUGCACCAGAUUCGCAUAGGUUAAAACUUCUUAGAGAAGUAGCUGGAACACGUGUAUAUGAUGAACGCAAAGAGGAAUCAAUUGAAAUAUUGAAAGAUACUCAGACAAAGUUAGAAAAAAUAGUUGAAUUUAUUAAAACAAUCGAAGAAAGACUUACUACAUUGGAAGAAGAAAAAGAAGAACUUAAAGAAUAUCAAAAUUGGGACAAAAAAAGACGAACUUUAGAAUUUUGUAUACAUGAUCGAGAAUUAAAAGAGACUAAACGAAAAUUAGAGGAAUUAGAUGGUAAGUUAAAUAAUUUUGAUGAAGAGCAAAAACGUCUUGCUACCAAAGUGAAAGAAGCAGCUGACCAAUCUAAAAAAGCUGCAAAGCUUCUACGUGAUGCAAAAAGGGAAGUUCAUGCUGCUAAAGAGGAAAAAGAGACCCUCAGUUUAGAACAACAAGAGUUGAUUAAGCAAAAAACAAAGUUGGAUUUUACUAUUAAAGAUUUAACUGAUGAAGUUAAUGGUGACAAUAAUUCAAAGGAACGAGCUGAAAAAGAAUUGAAAAAACUUCAAGAUACUAUCAAAGCUAAGGAAGAAGAAUUACAAGAUUUAAAACCUAAGUAUGAAGCUCAAAAGAAAAAAGAAGAAGAUUGUACUAGAGAAUUAGCUUUAAAAGAACAAAAAAGAAAAGAACUUUAUGCUAAGCAAGGAAGAGGAAGUCAAUUUACUUCUAAAGAAGACCGUGAUAAAUGGAUUCAGAAAGAGCUUAAAUCUUUAAAUAAACAAAUUAAAGAUAAAAAUGAGCAUAAAGAUAAAUUAACUGAUGAUUUAAAACGUGAUGGAGAGAGACAACAUGAACUUGAAAGACAAAUUCAGACUAGUUCAGUAGAAUUAGAAAAACAAAGAGUUGCAAUUGAUGAAUAUAAUAAACGUUAUUAUGAAUUGAAAAAAUCUAAAGAUCAAUAUCAGAGUCAAAGAAAUGAAUUAUGGCGCAAAGAAAAUACAGUACAGCACAGUUUAUCAUCUCUCAAAGAAGAAUUAGCAAAAUCUGAUCAAGCAUUACGUAGUAUGGCAGGAAAAGCUAUUUUAAAUGGAAGAGAUAGUGUUAGAAAAGUUUUAGAAGUAUUUAAACAAAGGGGUGGAGCACAUCUUGAUCUUGCUUCUCAAUAUUAUGGUCAAGUUAUUGAAAAUUUCGAAUGUGAUCAGAGUAUUCAAACAGCAGUUGAAGUUACAGCAGGUGGAAGGAUAUUUUUCCAUAUUGUUGAAUCAGACAGAAUUGGUACUCAAAUCCUGAAGGAAAUUAAUAAUCAAAAUUUACCUGGGGAGGUAACUUUUAUGCCAUUAAAUAGAUUAACAGUUCGAGAUAUCAGAUAUCCACAAUCAAGAGAUGCUAUUCCAAUGGUUAGUAAGUUAAAAUAUGAGCCACAUUUGGAUAAAGCCAUGCGUUUUAUAUUUGGCAAAACACUAAUUUGUCGUAAUCUUGAGAUUGCUACUACAAUAUCUAAACAAAGUAUGCUCGAUUGUAUCACGAUUGAUGGCGAUCAAGUUUCUUCAAGUGGAACACUGACUGGAGGUUACUUUAAAAAUGUUCGAUCUAAAUUGGAAAUUCAAAAACAGCGUAAUGAUUUGAUGGAUCAAAUUAAAGAUGCAGAAGAUGAACUUGCAUUGUUAAAAAAUCAACUAAAUGAAGUUGAAGUUAAUGUAAAUGUUGUUAUGUCAGAUAUGCAAAAAACUGAAACAAAAAAUAGUAAAUCAAAAGGUAAUUUUGACAAAUUGAAAGGAGAUAUAAGACUUAUGAAAGAAGAACUUAUUGGAAUAGAAAGAUAUCGGGGGACCAAAGAAAGGUUAUUAGCACAAGCAUCAUCAAAUUUAGAAGCUAUGCAAACAACUAAAAGUGGAUUGGAGUCAGAACUUCAUCAAGAACUUAUGGCACAACUUUCUGUUAAUGAUCAAAGAGAAAUGGAUAAGUUAAAUGAUGAUAUAAAGUCCCUAACUCAAGAAAAUAAAAGUGCUUUUGCAAUGCGUAUGAAAUUCGAAGCCGAUAAAAACAAAUUAGAGAAUUUAUUGACAAAUAAUUUAAUGAGACGUCGGGAUGAACUUAUGCAAGCUCUUCAAGAAAUAUCUGUUGAAGAACGAAAAAGAACAUUAGAAAAUAGUAGAUUAGAACUUGAAUCUGUUAUGAAAAAGCUUGAAGUGCUUAAUGCCGAUAUUAAAAUUGAUGAUAAAAGAGUUCAAGAAGCUGUUAAAAAACUAAAGAUUUGUCAAGAUGAAUUAGAAAAAUGGAAAUCUUUAGAAAAAGAUGCUCAAGAAAAACUUGACAGUGAAUCAAAAGAUCUGACUAAAGUAUCAACCAAACAAAAUAUGUUGAAACAAAAAUUGGAUGAAUGUCAAGCAAAAAUUAGUGAUCUUGGAGCUCUUCCUAAUACAGAAUUAAUGACCAAAUAUUUAUCAUAUUCAUCUAAAAAUCUUUUUAAGGAAUUAGAAAAGGUGAAUAGUAAUAUAAAACGUUUUGGUCAUGUUAACAAAAAAGCUUUAGAUCAGUUUGUAAGCUUUUCUGAGCAGAAAGAAAAAUUAGUCUCUAGAAAACAAGAACUUGAUAGAGGCCGUCAAAAAAUUGAAGAACUAAUGAAUGUGUUGGAGCAGAGAAAGUGUGAUGCAAUUCUUUUUACAUUUAAACAAGUUUCAAUGUACUUUACUCAAGUUUUUAGUAAACUUGUCCCUGGUGGAUAUGCACAAUUAGUCAUGAAAUCAGCUGGUGGAGAAGAAUCUGCUACACCAUGUGUUGGAGAGGAAGACAACAUUGACAACUAUUCUGGUGUUAUGAUUAAAGUAUCUUUUGCUGGACAAGGAGCAGAAAUGCGUGAAAUGAAUCAAUUAUCAGGAGGUCAGAAAUCAUUAGUAGCAUUAGGAUUAAUUUUUGCAAUCCAGAAAUGUGAUCCAGCACCAUUCUAUUUAUUUGAUGAAAUUGAUCAAGCUUUAGAUCCACAACAUAGGAAAGCUGUUGCUGAUAUGAUACAUGAAAUGUCUGAUCAUGCUCAGUUUAUUACAACAACUUUUAGACCUGAAUUAUUAUUCCAUGCUCACAAGUUUUAUGGUGUUAAGUUCCGUAAUAAGGUUAGUCAUGUAGAAUGUGUUACACGAGAUGUAGCAUAUGAUUUUGUUGAAGAUGAUACAACACACGGUUGAUUUAACUACUUUAGUUCAAUUAAUUAUUCAUUUUUUUAUGAAACUGUUAGUUUUAUUGAAAUAUAAGUAUCAUUGAUUAUUAUUAUUAUUAUUAUUAUUAUUAUUACUAUUAUUUUUAUUAUUAUUAUAAUUACUAUUACUAUUUUGUGGAUAAGUGUUAAUUAAACAAUAUGCUAAUUUAA